CAACCGAGCCUAUACCUAAAGUAAUAACAUCUGCUAUGGCUGAGUAUUCACUUGGAUUAUCUACAUUCGAGGGGUACAAAGGUUAUAGUGCCGAGCAAGGAAAUAAGGAAUUACGCAAGGUUAUAUGUGAAACAAUAUACAAAGACAUGGGCAUAAAAGACAAUGAAGUGUUCGUGUCAGAUGGUGCACAAUGCGACAUUGCUCGCCUUCAGCUUCUCUUCGGGUCUAACGUCACGAUUGCAGUGCAAGAUCCUACCUUUCCGAUGCAUUAA